AUGGAUAACCAAGGUAACCGUCUCUACCUGAACUUCGGGAACAAUAACAACAACAACAACACCGAUCGCCUCGCCGCCUCCGAUCGCACGCAGUAUCCCACCACUCCCUCCACCUUCCCCCAGCCCGUCUUCCCAACCGGCCCCUCUGGUCAGGCGCCGACCCCCCAGCAGGCCCAGCAAGGUUACCCGCAAGGCUAUGCUUCUAACAACUACUACAAUCCUAACCAUAACGAUCCCAACGCUGGACUGGCCCAUCAAUUUGCCCACCAGAACCUAGGCGGUGCCGGCAGACCCCAGAACUACAGUGCCCGUGGCCCUUCUCCAGGACAGCGCCCCCGUACGGCUAACAGCCAGGGCCAGCAGCCUGGCUACGGCAGCUACUUGAACGCGCCCCCGAUGCCUUCGCAGAACUCUGGGCUCGAGUUUGCCCCCGCCCCCGAGCGGAACCCGGACAAAUACGGCCCCAAUGCCAACAACAACCAGAAGAAGUGCUCCCAAUUGGCCUCGGAUUUCUUCAAGGACAGUGUCAAGCGGGCUCGUGAGCGGAACCAAAGACAAAGCGAGAUGGAACAGAAGCUGAACGAGACCACGGAUCCCCGCCGCCGGGAAUCCAUAUGGGCGACUGGAGGCAGAAAGGAGGGCCAGUACCUCCGCUUCCUCCGAACCAAGGACAAGCCCGAGAACUACAACACCAUCAAGAUUAUCGGCAAGGGUGCUUUCGGUGAGGUGAAGCUGGUUCAGAAGAAGUCGGACGGCAAGGUUUAUGCCAUGAAGAGCUUGAUCAAGACGGAAAUGUUCAAGAAGGACCAGCUUGCGCACGUUCGCGCCGAGCGUGAUAUUCUUGCCGAAUCAGACAGUCCCUGGGUCGUCAAGCUCUACACGACCUUUCAAGAUGCCAACUUCCUCUACAUGCUCAUGGAGUUCUUGCCCGGUGGCGAUCUCAUGACCAUGUUGAUCAAGUACGAAAUCUUUUCCGAGGAUAUCACACGGUUCUACAUUGCCGAGAUUGUGUUGGCUAUUGAGGCUGUCCAUAAGUUGGGCUUCAUUCACAGAGAUAUCAAGCCAGACAACAUUCUCCUCGACAGGGGUGGUCACGUCAAGCUGACGGAUUUCGGUCUAUCGACUGGUUUCCACAAGCUCCACGACAACAACUACUAUGCGCAGCUUCUGACGGGCAAGUCCAACAAGCCUCGCGACAACAGAAACUCGAUUGCCAUUGACCAGAUUAACUUGACGGUCAGCAACCGCUCCCAGAUCAAUGACUGGAGGCGGUCGAGGAGACUGAUGGCGUACUCCACUGUUGGUACUCCUGAUUACAUUGCCCCUGAAAUCUUCACGGGUAACGGUUACUCUUUCGACUGCGAUUGGUGGUCCCUAGGUACCAUCAUGUUCGAGUGCUUGGUUGGGUGGCCCCCUUUCUGUGCCGAGGAUAGUCAUGACACAUACCGCAAGAUUGUCAACUGGAGACAGUCGCUGUACUUCCCCGACGACAUUCAGCUCAAGCCUGAUGCUGAGAACCUGAUCAGAAGCUUGAUCUGCAACACCGAGAACCGUCUGGGCCGUGGUGGGUCUGAUGAGAUCAAGCGUCACCCCUUCUUCUAUGGUGUUGAGUUUGAGAGCUUGCGCAGGAUUAGGGCGCCUUUCGAGCCCCGCCUCACCUCCAACAUUGAUACCACCUAUUUCCCCACGGACGAGAUCGACCAGACCGACAACGCCACGUUGAUCAAGGCUGCCCAGGCCGCUAGAGGCGCCGCGGCCAGCCAACAGCAGGAGGAAAGCCCAGAGAUGAGCUUACCAUUCAUUGGAUACACGUUCAAGCGGUUCGAUAACAACUUCCGGUGA